AUGCCAUCUCAGGACUUCGAUCUCAUCGAUUAUAUGGGGCCAGUUGUCGUCGGUAUACUUUUUAGUGUGAUUUCUUUCUUUAAUUUUGUGUUCAUCAAUUUCUUUUGUAUCACAAAAACGGAUGAUAUCACGGUUUUUGAAAAGUUUGGAGCGAAGUACAAUAUGAGAUUGGGUCCUCACUCAUUAAAUGUGGGACAAAAUGUGCUGCUGACUCCGACUGCACCACAUAUUUGGGCAGCACAUGCGAUGCGAUGCACAUGCCAAUAUCAACUCAUUGAUAGUGGAGCAAACACGAUGUGUUCUGGUUCACCGGCCCAAUGGACCGACGUACAGCGAAGCUUGAUGUUGCAAUGGCACAAUCAGCUACGGUCGAGUCUCACUAAGGGCAAAGAAAACUAUGGAAUUGCCAACGGAAUCACUUAUGCUCCUUCAACAAAGAGAAUGACUAAAAUAUCUAUAACUGCACAAUCGGGAUCAAUGCUAACUCGUAUGCUCCACACUGUAUUUGGGCUCUUUCAAAUGGGCGGACGCAAAGCUCAGGAAUGGGAGAAAAUCCUUAUCAAAAUUCUGAUUAAAGGUGUUGGCCACUACACUCAAAUGGCCCGGCAAGAGACAACUGCUGUUGGUUGUGGAAUUGCUCAUUGUCCUACAAUGACCUGCGUGGUGCGUCAACACUAUCCAACA